GCUAUUAGGACAGAACAGCUCACAGAACCGCACGGAGAGGAUGUGUCUUUAUUUAGGUCUUUUAAAGAAAAAUGGGUUCUAUAUAGGCUAGAUAGGUGAACAAUACUAUCAGGAGCUGUUAUUUGUAUUAUUUUACGUUGCCAGUGGCUACAGGGAACAUCAUGGAAAUCACUGCUGAACUUGUUAGAGGUCUCUGGAUUUUAGGAGUUUAUAUUCGUUUUCUCUCAGUUUAAAGGACUCUACUAGGCUAUAAAACGAUGCCUCCAGUAGAAACUGAGGAUUUUGUCUAAACUCUCAACUUUAUAUUUCUAUUUUUGUGUCAGAGAAGUUGUACCGGACUUGAAAAGACGCGCCUGGACUAACUGCACAAACUAGAAAACACGGAGGAAAAACAAGUGUCUCUGAAGAAGAAAAGUAUUGAUUCAAUUAAAAACACUGGAAACCAGUAACUUAGGUGAGAUGCUCUGACAGAUAAUCUGCGUGAUUUGUGGAGGCGAGGCAACAGCUGUCAGUCAGAGGCAGAGCACGAGACCCCCUCCCUUCGUCACGGCUCGCGCUGCGUGUGCACACAGUGCGCAUGACCGUCAGAGCGAACCGCACGGACGAGGGAAAUUUAAAAAACGGUUUUUUUCUUGCGGGACAACAAGUGCCCCGACCAACAGUAGAGCCUUCUUCCGUCUCCUCACCCAAGAUUUUCUAUACCACAGAACAAUUUCAGCAGAAACAGAAGAUGAUUGAAAGUGGAAUUACAAGCAGGAUGUCGGGAAUUCAUGAAAACCCUGGACAAAGUCACCUCACCUCCGCACAAGACUACAGACUCCUGACUACUGACCCUUCGCAGCUGAAGGACGAGCUGCCUGGUGAUCUUCAGUCCCUGUCCUGGCUCACCUCUGUGGAUGUUCCCCGGCUUCAGCAGAUAGGGGGUGGGCGGCCCGACUUCGCCAGCUCUGCUCAGAACAGCCUGCUGGAGCGGCAGACAGCUCAGCUGAAUAGCAUGACGGUAGCAGGAGGAGCAGGAUCUGCGAUUCAUCUACAAAGUGAAAUGCAGCACAGCCCUCUGGCCAUCAGCAGCAUGCCCCAGUUUUCCCCUGGGUUUCCUUGUGCCACAUCAGUGUAUCAAACCGCCCCUCAGCAAGUGCUCACUUUCACUCAGGCAAACCAACAGUGUUCUCCCGGUGGACUUUAUGGCAACUACAACAGCCAGAGUCUGUUUCCUCAGCCCCGUAUUACUGCUCACAACCAGGACCUGCAGCCCAAGACUUUCCCUAAACCCAUCUAUUCUUACAGCUGUCUGAUUGCCAUGGCUUUGAAGAACAGUAAAACAGGCAGCCUUCCUGUUAGUGAGAUCUACAGCUUUAUGAAAGAGCACUUUCCCUAUUUCAAGACAGCACCUGAUGGAUGGAAGAACUCUGUACGCCACAACCUGUCCUUGAACAAGUGCUUUGAGAAGGUGGAGAACAAGAUGAUUGGUUCCUCCAGAAAAGGCUGUCUUUGGGCACUCAAUCCUGCAAAGAUCGACAAGAUGGAGGAAGAGAUGCAGAAAUGGAAACGUAAAGAUCUCCCAGCCAUCCGUCGCAGCAUGGCCAACCCAGAUGAAUUAGAUAAACUCAUUACAGACAGACCGGAGAGUUGCAGACAGAAGUCUGUUGAUACUGGCAUGACUCGCUUGCCCAGCUGCCCUCCAGGACAGACCCUUCCGAUAGCAGCUCAGAUGCAGCCCCAACCAGUGGUCACUCUGUCUCUACAGUGUCUCCCCAUGCACCAGCACCUUCAACUGCACCUCCAGAAUCAGUCUCGCUUGGCUCCGGCCUCCCCUGCUCCAGCUCAGACACCCCCGCUCCACACCGUCCCUGACAUGACAAACAGCUCCCAACACCAGCAUCAUGCCAAGCAACACAGCGACUUCUACACAAUUCACACUGACAUGAAUUCAGAGGUGGACGCACUGGAUCCAAGUAUUAUGGACUUCACGUGGCAAGGAAACCUGUGGGAGGAGAUGAAGGAUGACAGCUUUAACAUGGAGGCAUUAGGUACUCUCAGUAACUCCCCACUUCGGCUGUCUGACUGUGACCUGGACACUGGCAAUGUCACGCCUGUGUCCAAUGCAGGAGGACUGCCUUACCCAGACCUGCAGGUGACAGGCCUCUACUCUUCAUACUCAGCCAUAGAUGCCCUUUCUAACCAGUACAUGAACACACAAGGAGGAACAAAGCCUAUUGUUUUGCUUUAAUCGCUCCCACAAGAAAUAAAGCAAGCUGAGCUUUACUCCGCAGGAUCUUUAAAUCUUUUUUUAAUCCUAUAGCAUUUAAGGUGAUGUAACAGUGUUCGCUGGUGACAUUUGCAUUGACUAUAUCGAUUGCAUUGAAUGCAUUGGAUUGCAAAGGACCAAAUCAGCAAUUGUGUUUUUAGAGAAUUUAGAGAGUUAACUACAGUGCUGCUCUCGUUAUAAACCUAAUUCAAAUUGCGAGAUAUCACAACACUAAAUGAACAAAGAAAAAAAAUGGGGAUCAUGAUUGUGGGUUUGUUGCCAAGCUUUUUUUCUGUACCAUAAAAGAAACUUGUUUUCUUCUCAUUUUGUCCAUUUAACUGUUAGCCUUGUAACUGUAGUUGUGUGUCUUUUGUUGUACUGUGAUAGACACUGUAUCUGCUCUUUUAAUGUUUGUUUAUUUAUAUUUAUGAAAAGAGCUGAAAUGGUGACAUGAAUCAUUUUUUAUUGUACAUAUCUAAAUAUUUCAAAUGCAAGCAAUAAAAUUUCACAUUCAGAUUGAAA